AUGAAAAUGAUAUUGGAAAACUAUGAUGCUCCCAUUGAAGACGGACCGUUCCAUUAUUUUUUUCAUCAAGGAGACGUGUUUAUUUUGGACCGAGGCUUUCGGGAUUCCAUUCCCUUAAUUGAAACAUAUGGCUAUGAUGCUCAUAUGCCGCCAAACAAACGAAGACAAGACACGCAAUUAAGCACCGAUCAAGCUAAUAAAUCGAGACUUAUUACAAUGGUGCGAUGGGUCGUCGAAACUAUAAACGGCAGAUUCAAGCGUGACUUCAAGAUAUUCAGAAACAGAGUAUUUAACAAACAUGUGCCGCAUAUAUUUGAAGAUUUUAGAUUUGCUGCAGCUUAUUUUCAAGAUCCGUACGAAGACAGUCCGUACACUGAGGAUUUUAUCGAAAUAAUUAAUCGUAAUAUACAACGCCCCAAUCGACUGGCCGAGUAUGUGGAGGAGAACAAUCUCAACAGACAAAGAGUGACGUUUCACAGAAUGACUGCAAAUGAUCCCGAAGUUGAAAAUUUUCCACAACUUACAGUUGAAGACUUAAUUAAGUUCUCGAUUUGUACCUACACAGGGCAGAAACAAUAA